UAGACACAGAUUGCAAGUCGUAGAAUCAACUUCAUUCGCGUAUUGCAAACAUUUCCGAGAAAUAAAGCCUGCAUCAUGCCUAUCAUCUGGCUGCCGUGUGGUAGAUGAAUCGAAACAACGUGGUGUAAAGCGCAAGGAGUCGUCGGAGGUUUACAAAACUCACCGGUGAAUUUAAAUCGGUGUAGAAACAUUAAAGCGUAGGGUGCGGGAUAUAAAGGAGCCCCCGAAGGGUAUUUCGUAUCCCACCGCGCACGACAUCGGCUUGUCCGUGUCAAUCUGAUAACAGAUGGAAGACGGUACCAUCCAUCAGCUGAUUGUGCUAAUCGAGCAUGCCACCUUCCGUAGCAAUGGGUUCCUCAAGCCGAACCCGUACGUGGAGUUCUCGAUCGAUGGCAAGAGCUCACGCAAGACGGACUUCAUCAAGAACACCAACACACCGAAAUGGAACGAACGGUUCGCCAUCUUCGUGUCACCCGGCUCGCUGCUGCAGUUCCGCGUCCUCGACCAUUCCAGCUUCCGCAAAGACUCGCUGCUCGGCCAGCAGACGGUCGAGCUGGCGGGCAUCCUGCGGCACUAUAACGGUGUGCUGGAGCUGCUCGAGCUCAGCAUGGACCUACUGGUGGACCCGUCCGGCUCCUCUAAGACCAACGAACCCCGCCAGCCGGUGAAAGCCGGCGAGCUCGUGGUCGUACUCGACGGGCUGAAGAUCGAUAUGCGAAACGUCCUCGGUGGUAGCGGUGGAAGCGGUGGAGCCAUGCGAGGCAGCGGUGUCGGCAGUGAAUCCAACAUGGUCAAUGGCAAUGGGCAGCUGUCGACCAGCAUGGAUUUGGCACAGAACGGAAGUCACUUUCAUACGCUUCGGAGCAGCAUACUGAACGGUGGAAUACGGGCGCGAAUGCGUUUACGUGGCACCGGUGCCUCCCAGUCCCUGCCACCCGGUGCCGGACCGAGCAUGAAUCAGCUCGCACUGGUUCCCACGUCAUCGUCAUCGGCGUCAUCAUCGCAGCACUCGCCCGCGUCACACGCUAGCCAAAGCAAUAAUACUUCUGGCGCUACGGUGGCCGAGAACGAUCAGUUCAGUAUACACCAGUCGGCGAGUACGGCGUAUGGUGGAGCAAUGGGCAAUGGUGCAGCGUCCGGAACAUCUCCGAAUUCCGGGGCAGUUUCUUCCUCGUCCACCGGAGCGAUCCGUCGCAGUGGCAUCAAUUGGGAUCAGCAAAACGUGUCGCCGGUACCGUCCGUGACGGGUUCGCACGCCCGUUUAGGCCCGGUGUACUCCAACUCGUCGCAGGAGGGAAUCAUCAAUGGUGUCCCGGCGGGUGCUAUGGUGCCACCGGUGGGAGUUCCAGGUGGUAGCCCCGGUGGCAUGAACGGUGUCGGUGGUCCCAUUCCGAUGCCCAUGGGUGGAAGUCUAACCGAUCAGCAGUUGAUUCUACAACAUCAGCAACAGCAGCAGCAACGGGAUCAGAACCCGAUCGACGACGAACCGCUGCCGGCCGGGUGGGAAAUGCGGGUGGACAAGUACGGCCGCCGUUACUACGUGGAUCACAAUACGCGCUCGACGUACUGGGAAAAGCCGCAGCCCUUACCGGCCGGCUGGGAGCAGCGAAGGGAUCCGCGUGGACGCGUGUAUUACGUCGAUCAUAAUACGCGCACCACCACCUGGCAGCGACCGAACAGCGAGCGGCUGAUGCACUUCCAGCACUGGCAGGGUCAACGGCAGCACAUCAUUUCGCAGGGCAACCAGCGAUUUCUGUACCCGCAGCACGCGCAACAAUCGAACUCGAUCUCGGUGGCAAACGAGGAGGACGACGGGCUGGGCCCGCUUCCGGAUGGAUGGGAGAAGCGCGUCCAGCCGGACAACCGGGUGUACUUCGUGAACCACAAAAACCGCACCACCCAGUGGGAGGAUCCGCGGACGCAGGGUCAAGAGGUGAGCAUGCUGGCCGAGGGCCCACUACCACCCGGCUGGGAGAUUCGCUACACGGCCAACAUGGAGCGGUUCUUCGUCGAUCACAACAAUCGCAAGACGACCUUCGAGGACCCCCGCCCGGGUGCACCGAAGGGCGCGAAGGGUGUGUACGGGGUGCCGAAAGCAUACGAGCGAUCGUUCCGCUGGAAGCUCAGCCAGUUCCGGUACCUGUGCCAGAGCAACGCGCUUGCGUCACACAUCAAAAUCACGCUCACGCGGCAAACGCUGUUCGAGGAUUCGUACCAUCAGAUCAUGCGCCUGCCGGCCUACGAACUGCGGCGCCGGCUGUACAUAAUUUUCCGUGGCGAGGAAGGUCUCGACUAUGGUGGCGUUUCCCGCGAAUGGUUCUUCCUGCUAUCGCACGAGGUGCUCAACCCGAUGUACUGUCUGUUCGAGUACGCGAACAAGAACAACUACAGCCUACAGAUCAACCCGGCGAGCUACGUCAACCCGGACCACCUGCAGUACUUCAAGUUCAUUGGCCGAUUCAUCGCGAUGGCCCUGUACCAUGGGCGGUUCAUCUACUCCGGGUUCACGAUGCCGUUCUACAAGCGCAUGCUGAACAAGAAGCUAACGACCAAAGACAUCGAAUCGAUCGAUCCGGAGUUCUACAACUCGCUCAUUUGGGUGCGCGACAACAAUAUCGACGAGUGUGGGCUGGAGCUGUGGUUCAGCGUGGACUUUGAGGUGCUUGGGCAGAUCAUCCACCACGAGCUGAAGGAGGAGGGCGAUAAAGAACGUGUGACGGAGGAGAACAAGGAAGAAUACAUUUCGCUUAUGACCGAGUGGCGCAUGACGAGGGGUAUCGAAGAGCAGACGAAAACGUUCCUGGAGGGUUUUAACGAGGUAGUGCCACUGGAGUGGUUAAAGUACUUUGACGAGCGCGAACUGGAACUGAUGCUCUGCGGAAUGCAGGAGAUUGACGUGGACGACUGGCAGCGUAAUUCGAUCUAUCGUCACUACAACCGAAGCAGCAAGCAGGUCGUCUGGUUCUGGCAGUUUGUGCGUGAAACGGAUAAUGAAAAGCGUGCCCGCUUGCUGCAGUUCGUGACCGGUACGUGCCGCGUCCCGGUCGGUGGGUUCGCCGAGCUGAUGGGCUCGAACGGUCCGCAGCGGUUCUGCAUCGAAAAGGUCGGAAAGGACACCUGGCUGCCGCGAUCGCACACGUGCUUCAAUCGGUUGGAUCUGCCACCGUACAAGAGCUACGAUCAGCUGGUAGAAAAACUGAACUACGCGAUCGAAGAAACUGAAGGUUUCGGGCAGGAGUAAGGGAGCUAAAGGAUCCCUUUUUACUUGCACGAUCGGUGCACAUAAAGCAAAAAAAAAAGUAAACAAAUGUGAUCAUUUUAGGGCCGCAUGGGGAUUGGAGGAAGCGGUUGCGGUGUGGGAGAUGGGAUUCCGGAAAAAAUAACUUUUGAUAAUGUAAAAUGUAUGUGUAUACGUUAGUUGCAAAGGUGCAUGUUUAUGUUGUACAGGUUGAGACGAGGUAGAGGUAGUCGAACUUUGAUAGCGUCCUGAAAAAAUCAGGCCAGUAACGCAAGGUUCGUCCAAAACGUGCGUGAGCCUAUAGAUACUAUUUUCUUUACUGAAUGCGGAAUUGGGCUAGAGAACGUGAUAGCGGGUGCACAUUAUAAACAAUAGUUUGUUGUUAAAAGGGCCCAGGUCCGGGGGUCGACCAUGCACAUCACUUUUGUACAUACCAGAUAUAUGGGAAGAGGGAGAAAAGGUCGUUUUAUCUUCGGCAUCGUCUUUCAGUUACGAUAAAUGUGUGGCGUUUCGUACAGUGCAUUGGUAGCAAAAUAUAUGGAUAUUAGAUUAUUGUUUUUUUUUUAAACUCUAUUACACUA